UUCCCUACGUCUCUGUACGUGAUGACGCAACACGCAAGUCGCCCAAAGAACAAACCGACGCAUGAUCUGAGAGAAAGAGACGCCGGCGAACAAGAGGACAUGGCUGUGAACGUACAUUCCACUUCAGUGACUAGCGACAAUCUGAGUCGCCAUGAUAUGCUCGCGUGGAUCAACGAGUCUCUACAGAUGAACUUUACCAAGAUCGAGCUUUUAUGUUCAGGUGCAGCCUACUGCCAGUUCAUGGACAUGCUGUUUCCAGGCUGCAUACCUUUGAAGAAAGUUAAAUUUGGUGCUAAGUUAGAGCAUGAAUACCUUCACAAUUUUAAGAUAUUGCAGGCCGCCUUCAAAAGGAUGGGCGUUGACAAAAUUAUCCCGGUUGACAAGUUGGUGAAGGGCAAAUUUCAAGACAAUUUUGAAUUUGUUCAGUGGUUUAAGAAGUUCUUUGAUGCCAACUAUGACGGAAAAGACUAUGACCCAGUGGAAGCGCGACAGGGCCAGGACACCAUGCCUCCCCCCAACCCCUCCAUGUCUGCCCUCAGCAAGCCCAAAAAGAUCAUGAAUGCAGUCCAUCAGUCUUCUUCUGUUAAGACUGCGACGCCAGCUGCUGUAAUUGCACCACAGAGAGCAGCUGUUGCCAAGGUAACACCCAAGAUGGCGCCUAGCUCUGCUAGGAGACCUGGUGCUGGUGGGGAUGAGGAAAGGGCGGAGCUUAUUCAAGAGUUAAACAUCUUGAAGUCUACGAUCCAGGACAUGGAGAAGGAGCGGGACUUUUACUUUGGCAAACUGAGGAACAUUGAGCUGAUCUGUCAAGAGAAGGAGGGUGAGGGAGACCCCACCCUGCAGAAGAUUGUGGAUAUUCUCUAUGCCACAGACGACGGGUUUGUCAUACCAGACGCUGAGUCAGAGGACCAGGAGGAGUUCUAAUGCAUGUGAUUCGUUGCAGUUUUACCCUCCUCUCACCUUUUUCAUUCCUGUCCUCUCCGCACAGUCACUUCCCCGCCAUCCACACAUCAUAUUAUGCAUUUGGUCUUUUCCGAACAAACUUCAUACUGAAUCCCAUUGCAUCUGCAAAAGCAUGCACAGACACACUUAAUGUUGAAAGAACUGUUUUAAUGCCCUCAGACCUCUGGCUGCCACGAUACUCCUGUUUCUCUUAGAGGAAUAGUGUGUUUCCUGUCUGUAAUAUACGAUCUAAUAUUGCUUUCCUCUUUCAGCAACUUCAGACACCUGCAAAUGUAUUUAUCUUAUUUGAAAUGUCUCUGAAACGUCUUGGACACAUCCUCUGUAGUGAUUUAUAGGUGGCGUCUCCCCCCUCACUGCUGUGGUACAUAUCGCGUCUUAUUCAGAACCAUACCUUACUGACACAAAACCGAGGGACGGAAUGACAAACGUGCAUUAGUUCAUUGCAAAAACCCUCUCACUUCCUAGUUUCCAUUUAUGGUUUUGGUGCUUGCUUUAGCAUGAGGCAGGUAGCAGUCACCACCGCUCCAGUCUAUCCUCAGUGACUGUGCCUUAUACAGACUGUCUGGAGGGAGUGGACCCAGUCUGACGUUUGUCUUUUCUUUGUUUUAUGGAUGUUGUGAAGUGUCGUUUUCGAGUCGACGCCUGUACUAACACUCAGUCGUGCGCUUUGGCCUACAGGAUGCUGAUGUACUGUGGUGUCACGGUUGCACGGGUUUAAAUAUUUUUAUUAUAAUUUUAUUGCUUUCAUUUUAAAUAAUUAUUUGUAUGAAGUUAGUAGCCACUACGUUGGUGGACUCAGCCAAAAUUUGAGUUGACACGACAAACACUGCCCAUUUUCUAGCUGUUUUUACUGCCUUAUAUUUAAUGCGUUUUUCUGUCCUUUCAUUCGCACUGUCUCUUGGUAGAUGUUUGUAAUUCAAGUUAUUAAAGUUUUACAUUAAAAAAUUUGUUUCUUUUAAUUAUUCUUUGUAGAAGUAGUAGUAGCAGCAGCAGAAUAUUGUUACUUUCAGACAAAUCUUUUAAAUACACAAGAUGUGAACAUGAAAUCUUUUGAGUUAUUUUAAAAUAUUGCACUCUUUCAAGACCAUUCCCCAAACUACAUUUGCUUUUUAGAUGAACGUUUUACUUCUCGCUCAUUUUCUAAAAGCCUGAGUUCUGAAUUUGAUCUAUACGAGUUACCUUUUCAGGCAAUGCUUGCUCAAUUCAUUUGUCAUUUUUAGGAGAUUCAGCAUGAUUCUGACUUUAGAUCACUGUGCCAGCUCUGACUUUCUCCGACGUGUAGCUUCAUUGUUUUCAUGUGCACUGGUCAUUCUCAAAACAAUAUGAAUUUUUCUGUGUGUAGUUCUCAAUGUUGCAUUUGACAUCAAUAGCACAUGCAAAACCGGCAAUCAGAGUUGUUAUUGGUGCUAUAAAUACUUUGACCCUUAAAAACUUGCCUGUUUGUGCAAGAAAAGCCCUUUUGCUGGAUGCUUUGGUUCAUUGGAUUAGAAAUAUUUUUGCAGUUGGGCAAAUAUAACAGCGCUGGGUCUGUUCUAAAUAGGAGACAAUAGGAAAACAAGUGACACUCACAUUUCUGGGCUUGCAUUGACAAAUAUCCCAUUGUAAUUUCACACAAGCCGAACUGCUAAAUAUUGGCACAAGGUGGAUGCAAGUAAAAAUGUGGAAGGAAGUAGUUUGGAAGCAGGUGAUGUCUGUUAAAGGCAGUGAUUGACCUUUCCUACCUUCCUUUCAAUGCUCUGUGGCCUUUAAGAACAAUCUGUAGCGAAGGUACUCAGUACAUUGUGGGCCCUCUCCCUGUUUUUGUACUUGCAGGCUGUUAAGAGUUCCACAUUUUUAACUGAAGUCCAUUUCUUACAAUAAAACAGUAUUUACA